CUGAAGGCAUCGCAGCCUCGCGUGCCACUCAGUGGAAAAUGAGGCUCCUGAGGGUCUUUGGUGUCAUGUAUGUCGCUGCCAUUUGUGUGGCUCAAGAUCCUCUGGAUGUCACCUCCAUGGACAUCUUGCCUCCCAGUGGAUCAUCAAAUGCGACCGAGUCGAUCUAUGGUGAGUUAAACGUCACCUCCAUGUUCAGCGACAUUUUCCCAACCAGCCAACCUUCAACUGAAAGCCAGACAAUCUAUGAGCCUCCUGUCCCAUCAUUGCACUUGCAGUCACCCUGGUUUGAGAUCUUCCCCUUCGAGAAAGCGGAGUUUCUGUGUUUAAUCAAUGACAGCUCUGACUGGAACGUCACCUGGCACAAAUCGGGCAGUCAAGUACAAGAAACAGACCCAAAUUUGUCUUUCAGUAUGUCGCAAGGAGUAGUGCUGACCAUCCCCGCAGCAUUGCCAGCACAUUCUGGACUCUAUGUGUGUCAAGGUCAUCACAAAGUAAAGGGCAAUACGAGCUACAGUAAUUCGCUUGAACUGAAAGUCGAUGCAAACAAGCCCAAAGCAACUCUGACGCAGAAUCCAAAGUGGGAACACAUGUACCCAGGAGAAUCUGUCACUUUUCAGUGCACGAUUCACAAGUCUCAAGGUUGGGAGUAUGAGUGGUUCCGCAAUGACAUGAAAAUCCAAGAAUCUAACAUUACAUAUAGAAUAGAUUCUUUAACACUAUCUGACACUGGGCGGUACCACUGCAAAGCCAAGAGAGGAAAAAGUCUUUUUUUUUUUUACACGGAACAAAGUGAAACCUCAAUCCUGCAGGUCUAUGAACCACCAACACCAACUCUGAGGCUUGUGACUUCCUGGUCAGAUGUGUUUGAAAAUGAGACAGUGGAGCUAUCAUGCAAUAUGGACAGCUCUAACUGGACAUUCAUCUGGCACAAACAUGGAAUGGAACUCCAAAGAGACUCUGUGGUGAAGCUGAGAGCAGGAGGAUCCCGUCUCAAAAUAACCUCAGCUUCUCGAGCUCACCAAGGAGAAUAUUCUUGCAAAGCACAACUGAAGUCCAGGAAAGUCACCUCCAUAUUCAGCAACACUGCAAUUGUUCAUGUUUAUGGAACUCCCCCUAAGCCAUCACUGAGCAAGGAUCCUAUUUUGAACUCGAUGUAUGUUGGAGAAAACACCACAUUCACCUGCAAAGUGGAUGUGGCAACCGGCUGGGUAUACCAGUGGUACAAAGACGGAACAACACUUAUUGGCACAGACGAGACCCUCCAAAUCACACACCUUGGUCCUCAUGAUGCAGGGACAUACCAGUGCAAGGCUACUAGAGGCCAAAGAACGUCCACGGACAUUAGUGACAAGAUGACUCAAGAUGUUCUUGAAAUUCCCGUUCCGUCAAUGGUGGUAAGCACCCGAUGGGCAGAUGUUUUCCCCACGGAGCGUGUGACAUUGAGCUGUGCAAUUGAGACAAGCUCUGACUGGACGUAUAAAUGGCAAAAAGACGGUCAGGUGAUCCAGAGCAACAUGUCUUUUACGUUGGAUGGAACUACUCUGUCCAUUGACUCUGCUUCAGACUUUCAUGGAGGGAUUUACAGCUGCUCAGGAACACUAAACAGCAGGCCUGUCAGCAGCAACCUUUCUUCUGGAGUAUCAAUCAGUGUCUACGGCAAGAAACCCAAAGCCAUCCUGGUGCAGGACCCUGCUGAUACAUUACUGCACACUGGAGAUUCUGUCUCCUAUAGCUGUCACAUCAACGUCUCCUCUGGAUGGGAGUAUCGGUGGUACAAAGAUGCUGAUCCACUAACUGUAUCUGGAAACAACUACACCAUAAGUCCACUGGCCUUGGGAAACACUGGAUCAUAUAAAUGUCAAGCAAUGAGAGGGCGAAGCAGUGCUAUCUUUGAGACUGAACAGAGUCUGACAUUAAGUCUUCAAGUUGAAGAACGUCCAUUGGCAAAUAUAAUUGUCUUGACCGGCUGGUCCGAGGUCUUUUCCACUGAUAGUCUCGUGCUCCAGUGUGAGGUCACAGGAAGCAGGGACACCUGGAACUACACAUGGUUUGUCAAGGGACAACAGAUCACAAACUCAUCUUCUGAAAAACACACAGUCACACCCCAAAAUGACCCCGAGCAGAGUCAAUACGCUUGUCAGGGGAUUCGCAUCGGAAGACCCUAUUACUCCACAAAAAGUGAUGCCCUGACGACUAAGAACCUUUUGUUGAAGAGGCGGGUGCUUCUCUCUAUAUCUGGCUGCAUCUUCUUUGGCAUCGUCGCUGUUUUUUUGGGCUGCUUUGUUCUCAAAGUCACCAGGAAACCAGAGGACAAUGAAAGGAGACCGGAUGAGCCCGAGCUCUUCCUCACCAUGGCUCAGCUAAAGGAACGUGUUGAUGCUCCUUGUCUAUUGGUUGAUUACAUCACAGAUGCACAAUUGAACAAUCCAGCAAAAGAGAGUGAGGACAUUAACUGCAGUGAAACAACAAAGUUACCUGUAAUCUUACAGCAAGACCAAGCAGUGACGACAGAGAGCACUGAUAAAGCAGCGGAGGAUGGUGCUCUUGUUUCUUUUCAACACUGAGCCACCAAACUUGAAUGUAUUUGAACACAUGUAUAAGGAAAUGUGUGUGGAACUACACAAACAAAUGGCAAAUUGCUCGGUCUCCAUUCAAAGGUCACAAUAUUUCACUGUUGGCGGUGGAAAGGAAAAUUCAAAUCAAAACAGUUUGUUGACUCUACAAAGAACAUGAAUUUCUUAAAAUUGUACAAUUGCAUAUUCUUUUUUUUUUAUUGAAAAAUGACAGUGCUACAUAGAUUAAUUUGCUAGUUACAAUUAAAGCGUUCCAUAACACAGUGUUUAUUUGUUUUUACAUAAACCACAAGCUUUUAAAGGGGACUUAUGAUGAUUUUCCUCUUUUUGGACAUAAGAUAUGUUACAAUGUUGGAUGGUGGUGUUAAACAAAAUAAAAGCCUCAUAUCAUAUAAGGUAAUACAUUUGGGCAUGAGCUUGCACACAGUUUUGGGUGCCUCUGACAGCUGUGGUUGAGUCUUAUUUGGACAUUAAGUAGAAAUUAUCAGCUUCGGACUGUGAGAAUAUUAUCACCUUACGAGUCAGCUCUCCUGAUCUCUUGUCCUCAUACCUGCUCUGAUGUCUAAAAAAAAAAACUUUCAUGUUUGCUUGUUCACAACAUUUUAUACGUGACUUGGGUCAAGAUGGACCAGUACAAAAUUAGAUUAGCCAAUAAACUACGACGGGGGAAAAACAAAGACAAUACAACUUGGUUUAGUAAUAAUAAUAAUAAUAAUGAUAAUAAUAAAAGACAAGGUAAGAUAAUAUAUUAUUUUCAUCUAAUCUUGCCAUGUGCAUGAUAACACCAAUGCAGUGAGAUAAAUGCUACUAAAAGCAACUUUUUUAUGAAUCUUGUAUCGAUCCAAGAUUGUGCAGUCCUUAAUGUUGUGACCCGUGGAGCUAUAUAUUGUUUAUGAAGUUUAUUUUUGACCAUGUCUGGGGAGGGGGGAAAAAACUGUUAUCUGGGAUACCAGAGAGGAAAAAAAAAAAAAUAUGAGGAAUUUAAAAAUAUCAGCUGGCAGCCCAGGGCAGAUUUGACCAUUGUUAGGAUGAUUUGGAAGAUAAUUCCUACAUAGAAAUUCUUUAAAAAAUGCAAUUUAAAGAAAAUACCCCAACGGUUAGUGUUUUCAUGUAUGAAAAUAUCAAUUUGAAGUUUCAAAUAAAUUUAAGAAUAAAGACAUAAUUAUGAUAACAAAUGUUGAAAUUGUAAAAACUCAAAUAUUUUGUUGAACAAGUAAGUCACUUAGUCAUGGAUGUAAAACUGCAUUCAUGAUGUCUGCUACAAGUUGGUGUUUGUUCAAUUAUAACGUGGAGAUUUGUAUAACCUGUAAUCUUAAUAAAUUCAUGAUUAUACGUCAUAGUGCUUUCUAGGCAACUUUGGUCAUGCAGCACAAGAUCUUAUACAUGUUAGUAUUUUAAAUCAUGAUUAAAAUCAUGAGACAUAAUAAAUUGUCAACAGCAAGAUGCCAUAUUAUUACUUCCUUAGAAUAGUAACUUAUGAAAAUGACUCACCAGGCAGUUUGUAGAUUUAUUUUCUUUAUCUUUUCUUCGCUGCAUGUUAACUUGUGUGAUGACUGUAUUAUGAUGAUAGUAUAUAUCUGUACUAUGAAUCAAUUUAAGUGGACCCCGACUUAAACAAGUUGAAAAACUUAUUCGGGUGUUACCAUUUAGUGGUCAAUUGUACGGAAUAUGUACUGUACUGUGCAAUCUACUAAUAAAAGUUUCAAUCAGC